GGGGGGGGUCUCUGUAACAAUUAGCAUUUCCCGGUAGACCGUUACCGUUUUACCUACAUAUUAUUACAUACCUGUUCAGCCGCAGCGGCACGCAGCACGGUAUACGAGUGUGAGCUCGUAACGCGAUCAGGCAGGAAAAUUUCUCGGCUAAAAUUUCCCGGAUGUUAAUUCAGCCGACGCGCGUCAGAAUAUGGGGACAAAAGAACAGAAGUCCACUCGAGAGCUACCCCGCAUCGUUUGAGGGAGAAUAUCGCACGCGCCCGAGAUGCUGGAUAAUUAUCACAUACGUAUACAUAUGAUAACACGUAUGAGAAAUUCUUGAAUAACGGAUGACGCAUUAUAAUUAUAUAGGUACGUAACUAUAUAUCAAGGCCACAUUAUUUCGACGGCGAUUGUAUACGGAUAUUAUUGGUCACUUUCGAGUCGCGUCCGUUAGAAGUUUGUUCGGUGUAUAAUAACGUACUGUACGUAUAACACCGACCGAAAAGAAGUAUAUAUGUAUAUAUAUAUCGCUUAUAAUAAUGGACCACGUUUGCAUCGAGCGCGUGGCACACGAACAGGUUUUUAAAGAGCCGUUUGGCUCGUCGGGUGUAAAUAUAAAAAACAAAGAAAAAAAAGAAAUCAAAGUAAAGUAGAAUAAAACGAAUAAAAAAAAAAAGGAACGUAAAAAAACGUUGCAGAAUUCAAGCGGACGAGUGUAUGGGUCAAAAAAGGAAACUGAAAAGUGAAGUAAAAACAAAAAUUCACUCGGCGGUAUAGCGGUGGUUGAAAUUACGGACUCUCAUUCUCCUCGAACUUUGCGUUUAUACGGCCGACCGCUCGCCGUGUGUAUAUGACCUCUGCAGUUAUACGUGCCCUCGCGUAAGCCGAACCUGCGUUCGGAUCCUUUGUAAGUUUUGUACCGAUCAAAGGGGGCAACCACCUUCUCGUCGCGCUACGCCUAUGAAGAGGUACUUCCUGCAUUUCCUGUCCAACACCGAGAACCCGACCGUACGCGUACACCAGGGGUGUACCCGCGUGUAUCGGUAGGACGUUAGAACGCGCAAGGAGAAUAGAAAUAAAAUAGUUCGAUGAAGUGCGGCACGACGCGAUGUAAAACGAAAAGCGGCUACCCUAAUUCGUAGGAAAAGAAAUUAGACAAAGGAUGUGUUUCUCCGCCCCCUCCCUCCACCGUAUACAGCUACAAUAAAUGGUUUCCACAUCUCAAAGUAAGAGCAGCUCUUCUAGACGUUUGCGCAGGUUGAAAAUAUUUCUAAAAGAACACCAACUGCGGUAGGUAUAUACACGGGUGAAGUGAAGUAUGUAAAACCGAUUGAACGAAAAAAAAAAAAAAGAAAAAGAAAAGAAAGGAAAAGUAUAGAAUUGCUUCGGUUGCGAGCGGAGGAAUCCUCGAGAAGAUCGAGUUGUAGAAAUACCUGGUAUAUGCGCACGUGUGCAUGCUAUACGCCAAAGAUUUAACCGAUAUUAUAUCACGGAGUAAGAAAAUAAUCACCCGUGCGCUUCUAAAUUCAAUGUAGGUAUACGUGCAAACGGCAAAGUGAAAGGAUAUAUCGAAGAGACACGCGUUCAUCUCACGUCCGAAGUCUCGUGUUUCGGAUUCUCCGAGCGCGGCGGUGUAAAAUAACACCCGUCGUUGUACCGCGCGCCGUGAAAUCGUAGGAAAUUUUCAUCUCUCCAAAAGAAUUCGCCAAAAAACAUUUCCAAUUCGAGGGGUGAGAAUUGUCGGGUAUCUUCGCAAGUGGAAAUGAAAAUCGAACGUCGCGUAAAGAUCUAUAUUGAAAAUCUGGAUCGUUCGCACAUCGAGUCCACGUUUACCCCGUUCGCUCGACCGGUCGAACAAUCGCCAAUUAUUAGGAUUGUGCGCAUUCGCAACGGUAGCGACAAACGAUAAUUGGGAUUAUUUCGGAGAGCCGGCGGCGCGGAGAACAAAAACAUCGAUAUCAUGAUUAUAAUCGAAGUGCAUCGCGUCGAGAUGAAUUCUGCAUACCCCUCGUACGUUAUAUGACUUUUAAUGAAACGAGGUACCCGCUGUUGUUGUGUACCGUACCCGGUACAAAAAUAUAACUCUGUAUCAUAAAUAAAAAUAUAUGUCGAUUAAACCGAGAUGCAUGUAGGUGUACCAGCUGUCCCGGGCAGCUGCACCGUUCCCCAAAUAUAUGCAUAUACAUGUGUGCGACCACGUAUACGUAUAGACGAAGCCUAAUUGCCGGCUAUAGUUUAGCGUUACAAUGAAACGACAAUAUUAUAUUAGAGAUACUAUUGCGCCACCGUUCGCAUGCACGUGCCGUCUAAAGUUGUAUACUUGGAACAUUCUACGUUAUUAUUUUACCUAGUUAAUUUACGAAAUGUACGUAUGUAUGUAUAUAAAAAUCUGAACGAUUCUUCUGAUGUUACAUUAAAUUGCAUUUACGUAACCGUACGAUAAAAAAUUUGCAACACCGGAAAAGAGCGUAACACACACGUACACGAAUAUGAAGCAACCCGAUCCAUCGCGUUUAUUGACAUUAAAUAAAAUAAGAAACUUGGAAAAAAAUCAAUUUUCAAUCCUUUGAAUUCUCAUGCGAAAUAAUAUACUUAUACGUACACCCAAUAGAAUUGCCAUUAAUUAUCUCGUAUACGGUCGUUGCGGUUGAAAUUUUUAAAAGAAAAAAUUAAACAUUCGGUGAAACGUUAGGCACGCGAUCAUGCUACUUAAAUUAUUAUAAAAUAUAUCGAUGCAUAAAUGUAUAAUACAUGAGAUUUACCUAGAAAUUAAAAAAUUUUCAUCAAACUCACCGUGUGGGAGAUCCGGUUGGCAUUUUAUAAGCAAAAAAAACCAAAAAUAAUAAUAAAAUAAAUCAAUAACAAUAAUUUCAAACAAUUUUUUUAUACACCAGUGAAUCAAGUUUACGAGUUUUUAUCAAACGGCGCCUCUAUAAUAUGCAUACGUAUGUGUAUACAAUUACAUACACACGGGACACAGAUGUGAUUCAAACCGUUCGUUUUCCGUUGAAAGAAAGGAAGAAAGAAAAAAAAAAAAAAAAAAAGGAAACAAAUAUUUGCAAAGAGAAGAAAUAAAUAAUUGAAAAGGAUAAACGAAAUUUCCCAACAGUCAACUGGAACCGGUAUCCGCGUUGCAACAAUAAUAAUUAGCACAAAACUGUAACGACAUAUUAGUAGACCGAUGGACAAUUAAUGUUAACUGAUUAUUCUAGCGAACGAAGGUAGAAGAAUAAAAUAAAAUAAAAAAAAAAAACGGACAAAACAGCGAAGCGAAUGAUCGAUAAUGAGAAAUUGUACAGGUAUGUAAAAAUUCACGGUGUCGCGACGUAGAGUGUGACCGAAGAACGACUGACUGCGUGACUUUGGUAUCUCAUAUUAUUAUAUACGAAGACAGGAUAGACAGUGCAGCAGCAAAAGCAAUAGCAGCAGCAGCUGUCGUGUACGACGUACGGUGAACCACCAUACCAUGUAAAACUGAAGCCCGGAACGUUCCUACGUAUACGUAUACAAGGUAGAAGGUAUAAGGUAUAAAAUAUAAGGUGUAAGGUAUUGGCGUCGUCUCCUAGCUGACGCGUAUAUGUGGUACAUUACACGUAUUCCACGUAUACAGAAAAAGGCUGCAGGUACUCGAUAUAUGUGUGUACGUACGUUGUACAUAGUUAUAACGCAGGUGGCAAACAGGUGAACGUAGCGGAACACAGGAAGUCCCAGAGACGGAGACGGAGAUAAAAAGACAAAGAGUGAUCGAGCGAGAGGGAGUACAAGGAGGGAAAUGGUAGCGAACCGUAGGGAACGAUUCCAGAACGAGAGUUGCGAAGGGAGUCGUCGUCGUCGUCGUCGUCGUCGUCGUUUGUAUUUACUCCUUGUAUUCUCCUUACGCUCUAGCAGCUAUCGUAUACGCUUAUGUUAUAAUUUUGAACUCGUAGGAUCGUCCCGUAGGCGUGUACCGAUGUUAUUCGCUCGCUGCUCCUUCCUCUCCUCCAAACGAACGAACAUUUUUUAAUUCACGUCGCGGUCCCAUGUAAUUUUCCCCCGCAGUUGAAAUUGUUCGAGAAAUUUAUUUCCCCACAUCUUUCGGCGUAGGAGAAUCGCUGGGGCUCCGCGUACGCGCAUAAAAUUUUUAAUCUCUCAUCUAUUCGAACCCCUUACGACACGGCGGACCGAGCAGAGUUGGUUAAGUUUCUACGUGUGUAUGGAGUACCUUAUGCUCGCUCGGAAUUGUAUAAUAAUUGUUAGAAUUUUAAUCGCCGAUAUAAAUAGAGGAGAGGAGGUAUACAUAUAUGCGGGAUCAUCAUUUACGCGUGAUACGAUGCAAGGUAUAUUAACGUGCCCAUCAAACGUCGCGAUCUUUUACCUCCGGAGUCUUUGAAUACUUAAUAACAGAGCCCCGAGGGUUCCGCCUCCGCUUCGCGUACCCCUUCGGUAUAACAUAAGUAGGCAGUGCAUGAAAAUAAAGAAAUAAAGGAAGCUACGAAUCGUUUGCCCGCGGCUCAAAUUAACCUAAACGUAAAAGAGGGACAGUUUCGCUUUUCGUGAGUCGGUGAUAUUGAACCAGUUAACAGAAGCUAUAAUCAGGGGUAGGUAGGCGAAGGGGGAUAAAUAAUGCCGCAACUCGCGGGACAUGAAUUAUCCCCUAUCCUCUGUAUCGGCUACCUGUGAGCCCCAAAGAUCCUGCGGGACGAGAAUAAUCGGGGAAUUGACGAUAGCCGACGUCGCGGAGCUACUGGCGAAUCUUAACGAUAAAAUACACCUCCUGCGGAAGGGAAUAGCGGAGCUAAAAAAAUUUCAAACAAUAUCAGUCGGCGAGAACUACGGAGAUUGUUGUUCGGGACCGGUAUCGCCGCCGUACGUCGAAGAAAGAAAUUCGCGCUCGAAUUUACAAUCAGAGGAAAAAUUAUGGGAACGUGAAUCCGAUGACGCGAGGAGCAACAGCUCGAGAUUCUGCGUUCCAGGUGCGACCGAUCGUCGUCGUAAUCGGGUCACGAGCUCAUCCACGAGUUACAACGACGCACCUUCGUCAUUUGGAACUCAAAGUGGAAACGAUCAUUCUUAUUUUGUCGGGGUUCGAAAUGCAGGAGGAUCAGAGGCGAAGAAUGUACUUCCGGUGAACAAUUCCGGACACACGAUACUUGGAAAUGGCGGAUCAAGUAAAAGAGGGGCGAUAAAUACACGCGCUGGGGAUCAACGACGACGGAAAUCUACCAAAUCUACGAUUACGGAAACGGAAAAAUCCGACAAAUCGUCCAGCCCCGAGUGCUACGGUAAACGUGUUAGAAAACGAAUUUCUCGGGGGGUUCAAACUACGACUGGAAAAAAACAAUUCUCGCACCGCGUAAAACGGAGGAUUAUCAAGCUGUUGAAAUUCACGUGGCGUUCCAGAAGGGCUGAAACACGAAAACGGAGGACUACCGAGAUCAGCGAUAUUCCCCCGGAAGAUAAGAGCAUUCGUGUGAUUUACAAGUCCCGCGGGAACACCGAGGUGAAAGAUGAUAAUCCUUCGGGCAAAGAGGGUGACGAAACCGACUCGCCGAGACUGAAUACAAGAAACAGAAAAUAUGACUUGUCUGUGGACGGAAAGAAUAUUGAAAUCGUUCGGAGGGAGCAGUUGAAUACGGAGACAAAGGAUUCGAGGGUUUCCCGCAGGAAAUCCGGGACUCCUUUGAACAGUUCGAAGCGGCCUGAGAAACGUAGACAGAGGGGAAGGGUGACGACACCAGGAGGGGUAAAUAAAGUUGGCAAAGAUGUGGAUAAAUCUGGAAGGAUGAUUAUUAAGGAGCGAAAAAAGCCAAGAACGCCGCGCAGUGGGAGGUCGAUCGGCAGUGAUGGAAAAGAUAAUAAUUUAACCGCAGCAUCUACUACAGGUGAAAAAAUAGAGAAACAGGAGAAACCGGUCGCCGACGUUAUCGGCGAACAGAGUACUGCGAAAGUGGGAACUAAAAUUCCGAAGGUGACUAAAAAUUUUCCCCCCUCCAAAUGGUUCACAAAAAGUGGUGCCGCAAAAAAAUCUACUGUAACUGAUCGGCAGAAGAAGAUCAAAGGAAAUGCGUAUCCCGAUCAGAAAACGAUUCGCAAACAACCCAAUGUGAGAACAAACGACAUUGCUGAUGUGAAGAGGCGCCUCGACGCUUGCAUAGAGGAUCUGAAUGGCAUUAUUUUGAAUUUGUCGAAAACUUAUCAAGCUGGCCUCGCGAACGGGGGACCCGCUGGCGAAGGAAUUGCAACGGUGAAUGAGAAUCUUCAGCGGCGGGGUCGAUCCCGCGAUCGGCAAUAGUCGAUUGUUAAUGCGAAGUUAUAUUACAGGAAAAUAUCUUAUUUUGAUUACCUUUGACGAUGAC